GUGCGGGGGGCGGGGGCCUGAUGCAAUCCUGAUAAGGAAUGCUCGGGUGUCUUGGGCACCCACCGGCUGGGAGGGUAAGACGCCCUAUAUAAGGCCGCCAGCCCGCAGCCGCCGUCGGACCCACAGCGCAGCGCACCCAGAGCGCACUGCUAGCUGGAGACCGCUGCGGCCACCCCUGCCUCCUCACGCACAGCCCCGCAGAGCAUCCCAGUUGCCGCCUGGCCUUCCGCAUCCCCCUACGGAGGAACCGCGCCCGGAGCCCAAAGGAGGUGCCAUGUGGAGCUCGCAGAGUCGAAGCGUCGUGGCCCGCACCCUGGUCCUGGCGGGCCUCUGGCUGGCCUCGGCCGGGGGCCCCCUAGCUCUCUCGGAUGCUGGGCCGCACGUGCACUACGGCUGGGGGGAGUCCAUCCGCCUGCGCCACCUGUACACCUCCGGCCCCCACGGCCCCUCCAGCUGCUUCCUGCGCAUCCGUGCCGACGGCGCGGUGGACUGCGCGCGAGGCCAAAGCGCGCUCAGUCUGGUGGAAAUCAGGGCAGUGGCCCUGCGGAACGUGGCCAUCAAGGGCGUGCAGACCCUGCGGUACCUCUGUAUGGGAGAAGAUGGCAGGAUGCUGGGGCUGCUUCACUUCUCACCCGAGGACUGUGCUUUCGAGGAGGAGAUCCGCCCCGACGGCUACAACGUGUACUGGUCCCAGAAGCACGGGCUGCCCGUGUCCCUGAGCAGCGCCAGGCAGCGGCAGCUGUACAAGGACAGAGGCUUCCUGCCGCUGUCCCACUUCCUGCCCAUGCUGCCCAGGAGCCCGCCGCAGCCGCAGCCCGAGCCCGCCGAGGACCGCCCGGAGGCCGACGCGCUGUCGGCGCCCCUGGAGACCGACAGCAUGGAUCCCUUCGGCAUCGCCAGCAAGCUCGGGCUGGUGGAGAGUCCCAGCUUUCAGAAGUGAGGCUCUGGCCUUGCCCUGCCCUUGCCCCCCCUUAAUCUGGGGGCCCCC